AUGGCCUCGGCUAGGUCCGGCUACGCCGUCAUCAUUACUGCAAGUAAGACAGGGCUGGGCCUCUCGCGCGCCCAGAAGACGGCCAGGACGCAUGCGCCCCUCGUGGCGCAGCUCCCGCCCGACGUCUGUAGCGCAGAGACUGCCCCGCACCUGCCGCCUAGCUUCGUCGAUAGCGGCAUACAUAGAGCGGCCGGACGCCAUGCGCGCGCCGGUCCGUCAUUUAAUUCAGAUAGCCACUGCGCACGUUACACUAGCCACGCCCCGGCCGCGCCCGCCAUCUCGCGCCGUCCCCGGCCCCUGCGCUCGGGACGGCCGCCCCUGAGAGACGCUCGAGGGCCGCGGCCCGGCUGUAGUGCGUCGGGUCCCAGUUGCCUGGCUACACGCCUUCCGGCCACCAAGACUACGUACCGCGAAGAACUCGCAUACAUAGCGCACCAGACUGCAUCGCAGACGAACCCAGCCGGCCGGCUGCGUUUUCGGAGCAUGCAGGGCAGGCGCGCUUCCUCGACGCGGCCGCCGGGACGCAGCGUACCGGAGGCUUCGCGACUACGGAAAUUGUCCAACGCAAAGCUGCUCGUAGUUUUCGGAACGGUUUCACUAGUGUGA